CUAAAAAAUCGCUCUGCUCAAUCACCGAAACCCGCACCUCGUCUUCUCUGACUCUCACAAUCUCACAGACCGCGCCCCAUCAAUCACUUACUCCAACCAAUUCUUUCAAUCUCGCACAAUUUACGCGCCAAAAUAACCUCUUUAACGUUUUAAUUUUUUUAAAUUCUCCAAAACACCUUCUCCUUCUACCUUCCAUCUCCUCCCUCUCUCUCUCUAGGGUUCCUCUCGCGCUCUCUGUUGACUCUCACCAUUGUGUGUAUCCUAAACGACGCCGUCUAUAUGCGCUUCUUGUGAUGGAUUUACCACCGGUUGAGGGUGAGGUUGAAGUUGAAGUUGAAGCUUCGGCCCCCACGAACAACGAUUCGGAUGGUGUGGAGCAAAUUACGGGGCGGAAGAGGGGGGUUGAGAUUGGAGAGGAUGGGAAUUCGGGGAAGAGGAAUAGAUUUGAGGGUGGAGAUGAUAUGCGGAGGGUUGCGGAGAUUGUGAUGGUGUUGUCGGCGAUGGGGACAAUGAGAGGUGGGAGGAAACCGACGGAUGUGGAGGUUGAGUUGAUGGCGGAGGCUAGGGAGAAGCUGGUGCAGAUGUGUGAGGAGGUGGCGCCGAGGGAUAUUGUGGCUAUGGAUGCAAUUGGAGCUGUUAUUGAGGAUUUGGGGCUUAAUGCGAAGCUUAAAGAUCAGAGGCUAGGGUUUCGUGGCACCAAGCUAUCGAUUGCUGAGAAAUUUUUGCUUUCAAAAAAGAAGAUGGAAGAAUCCAAGAAAUUCGCUGCACCUUCUGCAUCAUAUGCGCCUCAUCCACCACAAGCAAGCUUUGGUGCACUUGCUGAAAACCGUGGGACACCAUCCACGGUUCGCAUGUUUGCAUCAGAUAAAUCAAGUCCUGCACCAGUAUCUUCUGGAGGCUUCCCAGCUUCACCGCUUGGUCGUGUUUCUGCAAAUAUUUCUACAUCUCAACCGUAUCAAUUGCACACAGGUGAAAUGAGAGCAUCUGUGGUUUCCAUUGGGCAGCCAAGUAGCCAUUUGGUGCCUAAAGUUGAAAGACCACAGAUGGAUGGAGGAUCAAAGGGGCCUGCUUAUGCAUCUCAAAUGCAAGCAAAUUCAACUGCCAAUCAACCACUGGUGAAUGCUCCAACUUGGUCUAUACAAACGUCUUCCGCUCCACCUAAUAACUUUGGAGCAGAAAACAAGGAUUUGAAUCAUAAUGCUGUUAAGGUUGAGGGAACUGCUGAUUCAAGUAUGGCAAGGAUCGCUCAUCAGGCUGCAAGUAAUCAUGCCUUUAGAUCAUUUGCCACUCAAACUGCAGGAAAUUUUCAGAGCAUGCAUCCAAUGCAAGGCAUGAACAUUGUUCAACCUCUUUCUUUUGGCAAUAAUCAUGGUGAAAUUGCUAAAAUCAUUCAGAAUUUAUUGCAACCGCAGCUUCCUGAGCAUCCCACGUGGACUCCUCCUUCAAGGGAAUACAUGAAUAAGGCUUUGACUUGCCAAAUGUGCAAACAAACCAUUAAUGAUGUUGAUAGUGUACUUCUCUGUGAUGCUUGCGAGAGGGGAUUUCACUUAACAUGCCUUGAAGCUAAUAAUCAGAAAGGAAUCCCCAGAGCUGAGUGGCAUUGCACGAAGUGCCUGAUGUUAAGCAACGGCAAGCCAUUGCCUCCUAAGUAUGGCCGCGUCAUGAGAAGCGUAAGCACACUGAAAGUGCCGUCUAAUGAUUCAGAAAGUCAAACUUCUUCAGAAAAGAAAGUGGAAGCCUUAGACCCAAAGUUUAGUCAGCAGAGGAUGAUGGUGACAGGAAGCUCUGUUGUGCAAAGUCCUGGAUCUGGUGCAGCGGGCAGCAAUGGUGUCGACUCAGUGCCUGAUUCAAAAGUUCAAGUUCCAAGGGAAAUGCCAGUGACUAAUAUCUCUUCAACUGUAAUAGAUGUUGAGCACAGAACACUUUCUGAAACUUGCCUAAAUAAUUCAAUGAAAUCUUUGGAGACUAUUCCUGCUUCUCUUGUGGGAGCAUCAAGUGAAAGAUCUGAAUCAUCAGCACUUGAAGAGAGUUUGGCAUCUGAAACAAAAAAAGUUCUACCUUCUCCUAUUACAUCUGAUAUAGUUAAUAGCAACUCUGACAACCAUCGACCUUCACACAACCCACAAGUUGUUGGCCAAACAGGUGUGCCGAGCAAUGGUCUUUUGAAGACCAAUCCAGACAACAAACCUGCGGUUGAAAAUUUGAAUGACAUAAGAGGGCAUGGUGAAUGUACUACAAGCUUUCAUACCAUGCAAGGGGGGCAAGACAUUGCUCACGAAACUCUUGUUAGAAGUUCUGAACCUGGUACAAUGCCUGGAAAGCCUUCUGUGCUGUCUUCUGAUGGCUUACACAACGUGGAAUGGAUUGGUAGCAUACUUCAAGUUUUGGAUGGGAAAACCUAUUACCAGUCCUGUUGCAUUGAUAGAGUGAAAUAUGAAGUGCAAGAUCAUGCACUUUUCCGUUCUAGCCAUGAAAAAUUGAUACCUUCUAAGCUUCAGGCCAUGUGGGAAGAUUCUAAAACUGGUUCAAAGUGGGUUACUGUAAACAGGUGCUAUCUUCCUAAUGACUUGCCCGAGUCUGUUGGCCGUCCCUGUCCCCCUGAAAGCAAUGAGGUCUAUGCUUCUAAUCAUGAUAGCAGUGUGAUGGCUGGUUUGAUUCAAGGCCCGUGUGAAGUUCUUCUGCCUGCCAAGUUUAAGGAAGAGAGUGAAAGAUGGAAUCAGUUGGGAAUUGAGGCAAAUAGUGGAUCUCUGCCAGUUUUUCUGUGCAAAUGGUUUUAUGAUGAAUUCAAAGGGAAUUUCAAAUCUGUUUCCAGUUAAGAGGCCAUGUACAUUUUUAGGACAUGAGCGGCCAUCUCAAUAUUUUGCAACUCAGCGGUGAUUCUUUCAUCAGGAAAGGACCCUGCUGAGAAUUGAUAUUAGUUUCAAAACUCAAAUCCUGUAAAGUAUGUACUAUGUAGUUGUAGCCCCCUAGUUUAGAUUUGGCAGAGGAUUAGCAAUUAUUUUGUACCUGUUUGGCGCUCUAAAGUUUCAUCAUUUCCUUGUAAAGCACAGAAUACUAAUGCAGUAAUGCUCAGUUGUCUGAAUUAUUUUGAAUGCAACUCCUUCAAUUUGCAAAUCAUUGAAUAACA